GCUGGAAUGGGUGGAGAUCAUCGAGCCCCGCACCCGGGAGCGCAUGUACGCCAACCUGCUGACGGGGGAGUGCGUCUGGGACCCCCCGGCCGGCGUGCGCAUCAAGCGCACCAACGAGAACCAGUGGUGGGAGCUCUUCGACCCCAACACCUCCCGCUUCUACUACUACAAUGCCACCACCCAGAGGACCGUCUGGCACCGGCCCCAGAACUGCGACAUCAUCCCCUUGGCCAAGCUGCAAACCCUGAAGCAGAACACGGAGUCGCCCCGCGCCUCCGCGGAGAACAGCCCCGGGAGGAGCAGCAACGUCAGCAGGGAAGGAAGCACCAGCUCCUCCCUGGAGCAGGAGCUGGAGGGCACUGAGAAGGUGCAGGAGCAGAGGACGAGCUGCCAGGCAACCCAGUAUGCGGUGGUGAAAGAGGAGGUGGAGAGCUCGUCGCCCUCCGGAGUGUUUGAGAAGGAAUAUGACAUUUAUCGGGACUACAGCGCAGAAGGACAACUCCUCCACUACAGGGUGACCCAGUGCAAGUACAAGCGGAUCGGGUGCCCCUGGCAGGGCCCCUUCCACGAGCUGUCUGUGCACGAGGCCGAGUGCACCCACCCCACCAAGACAGGGAACGAGCUGAUGGAGAUUCUGGACGAGAUGGACCAAACCAGGAAAAAGGAAAUGCAGCUUUACAACAGCAUCUUCAGCCUCCUCAGCUUCGAGAAGAUCGGCUACACAGCCGCCUCCCCACAGAAGUCGCCCGUCAGGAAGCCUCACCCUUUCCUGCAGUCGCCCAAGCAGAGCCCCAACUCGCCCUACCAGCAGCUGGUGCUCACCAAGCAGAAGUGCCCCGACCGCUUCAUGAGCCUGGAGUACAGCCCCGCCGGCAAGGAGUACGUCAGGCAGCUGGUCUACGUGGAGCAGUCGGGCUCCAGCCCCAAGGCGAAGACGGGCCUGAGGCACAAAUACUCCCCCAACCCCGUCGGGGGUUCCUACUCGCUGCAGCACAGCCCCUGCCUGGUGCGGGACCAACGCCUGGACGUCAAAUCGGGCGACUACAGCAGCAUGGAGGGACCCGAGUUCUGCCCCGGCCCCGCGGGCAGCCAAGUGGCCCAGGGUGGGGAGGACUCCAUGUCGUGGUCCAGCCAGCAGGACACUUUGUCCUCCACCGGUUACUCGCCCUCCACCAGGAAGAGGAAAAGCCGGAAGCCUUCCCUGCCCCACAAGCCCAACGCCUCGCCCGCCGACGGCUCGGGGGACCUGGGGGGAGAGGGGGUGCUGGGCGAGGAACGAGGCGCCCCGGGAGCCAGCAGGUCCCCCCUGGGCAGGACGGACAGCAAGGAGGCUGAGGUGGGGAGGGGGUACCCCGAGCCUUUCCUGGCCCAAGCACGCCUGGCAUGGGAAGCCCAACAAGCCCAUUACCACAUGAAGCAACGGAGCAGUUGGGACUCCCAAAAGGAUGGGUCGGGCUACGAGAGCGACGGGGCCCUCCCCUUGCCCAUGCCGGGCCCCGUGGUGAGAGCUUUCAGUGAGGACGAGGCUUUGGCACAGCAGGAGAACAAGCACUGGAAGAGGAACACCUUUGAGAAGCUGGGCUUCCCCCAGAUCCUCCUGGAGAAGAGCGUGUCGGUGCAGACCAACCUGGCCUCCCCGGAGCCCUACCUACACCCGUCCCAGUCAGAGGACCUCGGUGCCUGCGCCCAGUUCGAGAGCAGCCGGCAGACCAGGAACAUGAUGCCCAGCGCCAGCUGCGUCUUCCCCACCUUCAACCUGCGGAAACCCUCCUCGGAGACGGACAUUGAGAACUGGGCCUCCAAGCACUUCAACAAGCACACCCAGGGGCUCUUCCGGAGGAAAGUGUCCAUUGCCAACAUGCUGGCCUGGAGCAGCGAGUCCAUCAAGAAACCCAUGAUCAUGACCAACGACCGCAACGUCAAGAAGGAGGCGUGUGAGAUCUUCAAACUGAUCCAGAUGUACAUGGGCGACCGGCGGGCCAAGACGGACCAGCUCAACGUGGCUUUGGAGAUUGCCACCAAAGGUUGGAGCAUGCAGGGCUUGAGGGACGAGCUCUACAUCCAACUGUGCCGCCAGACCACCGAGAACUUCCGUUACGAGAGCCUGGCCCGGGGCUGGGAGCUCAUGGCCAUUUGUUUGGCCUUUUUCCCACCCACUCCCAAAUUUCAUUCCUACCUUGAAGGCUACAUCUACAGGCACAUGGAUCCAGUGAACGACACGAAAGUGACGCGGCACAUUAAGGCCCUCCUGGAAAGGACCAAUCAGAAGAAGCCCAAAUUGCGCAAGAAGCCCAAGCCCCACCUUGAGGAGCACCAGGGGGUGGCCAUCAGCACCUACGCCAAGUACUGCUACAACAAGUUGCAGAAGGCGGCGCUGACGGGAGCCAAGAAGGGGCUGAAGAAGCCCAACAUCGAGGAGAUCCGUCACGCCAAGAACGCUGUCUUCAACCCCUCCAUGUUUGGCAGCUCCUUGCAGGACAUCGUGGCGCUGCAGAAGGAGCGAUACCCCGGGCAGCUGCCCUGGGGGCAGACCCGCCUCUCUGAGGAGGUCCUGGCCCUCAACGGGGACCAAACCGAGGGCAUCUUCAGGGUCCCAGGUGACAUCGACGAGGUGAACGCCCUGAAGCUGCAGGUGGACCAGUGGAAGAUCCCCACGGGGCUGGAGGAUCCCCACGUUCCCGCCUCCUUGCUGAAGCUGUGGUACCGGGAGCUGGAGGAACCCCUGAUCCCCCACGAGUUCUACGAGCAGUGCAUCACCCACUACGAGAACCCCGAGGCGGCCGUCGCCGUCGUCCACUCCCUGCCCAGGAUCAACAAGAUGGUGCUGUGCUACCUCAUCCGCUUCCUGCAGGUGUUCGUGCAGCCGGCCAACGUGGCGGUCACCAAGAUGGACGUCAACAACCUGGCCAUGGUGAUGGCCCCCAACUGCCUGCGCUGCCAGUCGGACGACCCGCGCGUCAUCUUCGAGAACACCCGCAAGGAGAUGUCCUUCAUCCGGGUGCUCAUCCAGCACCUGGACACCAGCUUCAUGGAGGGGGUCCUAUAG